CCCUUGUGAUUUCUCUUCUCUCUCUCUCUCUCUCUCUCUCUACUCUCUAACUCUCUCUUAUUUAUCGUGACUUGGUUUCCCCUUCUCUACAUUUCACACUCUUCUUCACCUUCCCUCUCUACUUUCUCUCUUAUUUAUCAGCAUUCUCUCUCUUAGACUAGAGAGAGAAUGCAGGGUUACUACUAUCUUCUGCUCUUUGGGUUUCUUGGGUUGUGCACCAAUUUUUCUUUUGGAGAAUAUGGAGAUGGGCCUCGCUAUGAUUCUACAGCAUACACAGAGUGUAAGUUGUACCCGGAGGCACCCCUCUACAAUGGAGGAAUUCUUGCAAAAGAAGUCUCUAAACAUCCGGGGACGCAGGUCUAUUCACCCGCAUACGUUUUAAGGAACCUCACCAAAGGGGCCAAGUAUACUUUCUCUUGUUGGGUAAGAAUCAAAGGGGCUGGUACUGCUCGAGUAAUGGCGAGGUUAUUAACAGACAACUCGACAGACAAAUGUGUAGGAACUGUAUCAGCCCAAAGUGGGUGCUGGUCUUUUCUCAAAGGCGGAUUUGUAGCCACUGAGUCGAAUUCCGUCUUGUUUCUACAAGACUCCCAACAGAGAGACAUUGAGAUAUCUAUUGCCAGUGCUUCUCUUCAACCUUUCACAGAUGAGCAAUGGAGAAUGCAUCAAGAGGACAACAUUAGAUCUAAAAGGCAACGCAGAGUGGCCGUACACAUCUCAGAUGCAAUGGGACGAAGACUACAAGGAGCUAUAGUCACAAUUGAACAAAAAUCUAAAGCCUUUCCUUUUGGCUCUGCCAUUGCCAAAACCAUCCUUGGGAACCAACCAUAUGAAGAUUGGUUUGCAGAGCGAUUCAAUGCUGCAGUCUUUGAGAACGAGCUGAAGUGGUAUGCAACGGAGCCUGAACCAGGCAAGCUCAACUAUAGCCUACCCGACCAGCUACUUCGUCUGGUGAGAUCAAGAGGGAUCCCUACAAUUAGGGGCCACAACAUAUUUUGGGAGGACCCUGUAUACACCCCUUCUUGGGUUCGUAACCUUAGUGGAAAUGCCCUUCUUCAAGCUGUUAAUUCACGUAUUCAAAGCCUCAUGUCGAGGUACAAGGGAGAGUUCGUGCAUUGGGAUGUGAGCAAUGAGAUGUUACAUUUUGAUUUCUAUGAGAGUAGGCUUGGCCCGAACGCCACCGCCUACUUCUUUGAGACGGCUAAGAGGUCAGACCCUUGGGCCACGCUAUUUAUGAAUGAUUUCAAUGUGGUUGAGACUUGUGGUGAUGAGAAUUCGACUGUUGACGUGUAUGUCUCGAGGCUCAGGGAGCUUAUGGAUGGCGGUUAUGUGAUGGACGGAAUCGGCCUCGAAGCCCACUUUACGAGGCCUAAUGUGCCAUUGAUGAGGAGUAUUUUGGACAAAUUGGCAACCUUGGGGCUUCCUAUUUGGCUCACAGAGGUGGAUAUCAGCAAAACUCUGGAUCAUGAGACUCAGGCUACUUAUCUUGAAGAGGUUUUAAGAGAAGGAUUCUCUCAUCCAUCUAUAAAUGGGAUAAUGCUAUGGACUGCUCUACACCCAAAUGGAUGCUAUCAAAUGUGCCUCACUGAUAACAAUCUUCACAACCUACCAACUGGUGUUGUGGUAGACAAGCUUCUUAAGGAGUGGGAAACCAAAGAGGUAAAGGGUUUGACAGGUGAUCGUGGGUCCUUUGAUUUUCAAGCAUUUUUGGGGGAGUACAAAGUAAUUGCCACAUUUGGUGCUAAAACAGUGGAGUCAAGCUUGUCUGUUUGCCAAGGUGAUGAAACCUUACACAUGAUCAUUCCAAUAUAGUUAAGAGAUGAUUGAAAUGAUUAAUCUUCGAAAAAAAGAGAUAUUCGAAAGGCUUAUUGGAUGCUUUAAAGAAAAAAAUGAGCUUCUUUCCUAACAGAAAAAAAAGAAGAGAAAAAAAAGCAGAGGAGUUUAUGUGAGAGUGGUCAACUGCUAUGCCUUAAGAAUUUGUCCCUCUUGCAAAAACAUGUUUAUCUAACCCCACUUCCAAAAAGGAUGAGGUGAUUUAUUGGCUCUUUUAAUGUGAGUUUGUUGAUUUGGCUA